AUGACUAUCACUCUUGUGAUAUUAGUAUAUCUUAUUGCAAAACCAUUCAUAUUAGGCCGAGUUACAGUUUUAUUUAACGAAACAAAGAUACAAGACGUUGCAUAUUUCAGAAUUGACCAAAUGAUUCCAUUUGAAAGGCGUGAAAUCGUUGAAUAUUUACCAGAAAACAAAGAAGGAAGACAAAUGGCGACAAAACCCAUAUAUUUUGGCGAUCCAACAUGUUUUAGACCAGCUCUUGUACGACAAAUUCUCGUUUACUACCAUCUCAAGGACGUUUAUCUUACAAAAAAUAACAUGUAUUCACGAUAUGGCAGAUUAAGGCGAGUAAACAACACUAAAGAGCCAUAUUGGGAGUUCAACUACGAACCAGAGCCUCUUGAGCACGUUUGCUGGGUUUAUUCCCAUCUAGUUACCUUUGGUCAUUGGUUAACUGAUGGAAUUGCGACCAGCAUGAUCUAUUUCCCUCGCGAGCUUAUGCAAAAGUCGAAAGUGAUUAUAAGGCGUCCAACGCAGAACUGGCUCAACUAUUUGAAGGAAUACGGCUUUGAUAUAAUAAAUUAUUACGAAUUAAAGAACAGAACAGUCUACAAAGUCAAAAAUCUCUAUACAUUCAUCAGCCCCGACCCGUACUGCUCAUUAUAUUACUCCGCAAUCCAACUUAGAAAGCAAAUCCACAAUUUCCAUAAUCUUACGAAUUUAACGGCAUCUGUCGGCGCCUAUACAAACAGAAAAGGCGCCAGAGAGAUAUUCAACAUGGAAGACAUCAUCAACCUCUGUCGCGCGACUUAUCCAAAUAUUCAGUGGAUUAAUCUCACAGAAAAAACAUUCUACACGAAUCUAUCGACUUGUAUCAAGACACUCGGUAUUACUAAGUACUACAUAACCGGAACAGGCUCGAACGUUUUUCAUUGUAUUUAUAUGAAAGAAGAUUCCGGAGUUGUCGUCAUCGGAACGUGGCUAAUCGAUUACCCAUUCAUAGGUCUUGCGAAAGCACUCGGAAUUUGGAUGAUGUACGUUUGUAAUCACAAUAUUAAACAUUCCGUGAAGAAAAUCGAUUCCGGAGCUGUCAAUAUUUCCUUCAACUUCCCUUACAUACAGAGAUUAGUUUACGCGGUCAAUCAUGGCUAUUGGCCACAGAAAAUGAACCCUGGAGACAGAAUUCUGUUCAAUCUCACUUUAACGAGGGAAAUCGUUAAGUUGGAUAAGUACAGGACAUAUUACAUGGAACAGAAUGAGUCAGUGAUACUCCAGGAACUCAAAGAUCGAAAGAAGGAAGUUUGGAUUUGA